CUUUCAGUUGUCAUCCGUCAAGUCGGUUGUUCGUUAAAGAAACAUAUUGUCCAGUUUUUCUGUUUUCCCAUAAAAUAAUAGGACAAGAUGACCGACAGCGAGAAGAAAGAUGACGAGGUGUACCAUUUUUACACACCGGUGAUCCAGGACAACGGCACGGGAUGGGGCCCAUGCGAAAUGCCCGAGCAGUUCAGGGAUAUGCCUUACCAGCCGUUCAGUAAAGGAGACAGACUCGGCAAGAUCAGCGACUGGACCGGGGCCGCUUUCCAGGAUAAGAAAUACGCCAAUAAGUAUGCUUCCCAAUUUGGUUCUGGCAGCCAAUAUGCUUAUUACCAUGAUGAAGAUGAAAGCACAUUCCACUUGGUGGACACAACAAGGGUGCAAAAGCCACCAUACCAAAGAGGAAGAUUUAGGGCGAAUCAGAGGAACUUAAGAGGCCGCGGUGGCAGAGGUAAUGUUCAGGGAAAUGCGAUGCAGGCAUUGGGCAAGGGCGUCAAGGCGCGGGAUACCUACAAAAGGAGUCAGGUCAAGAAAUGGGGACAAGGACGUCCCCAGAUCAAGAUACGGGACGCGUCUGUAACCGUGCGGCCGGAUUGGGUCACCAUCGAGGAAAUGGACUUUCCUCGUCUGGGAAAACUUUCUUUGCCAAACAUAAAGGACGGAGACGACAUUAUGUGUUGCGGUGAACUAGAAUACUAUGAUAAAACUUACGAUCGCGUCAAUGUGAAGAACGAGAAACCGCUGCAGUCUGUCAACCGUAUUUUCCAUACUGUUACAACCACCGACGAUCCAAUAAUCCGCAAACUGACUAAAUCUGAAGGCAACGUUUACGCCACAGAUGCGAUUUUGGCCACAAUCAUGUGUUGCACUCGUUCCAACUAUUCGUGGGAUAUUGUUAUAGAGAAAAUCGGUGACAAGUUGUUCUUCGAUAAGCGUGAUAACACCGAAUUCGACCUUUUAACGGUUAACGAGACGUCGGUGGAACCACCGCAGGACGACGGCAACUCCUUGAACUCUCCGAGGAAUUUGGCGUUGGAGGCCACUUUCAUCAAUCAUAAUUUCAGUCAGCAGGUUCUGAAAGCCGGCGAAAAGGAACCGCGUUACAAGUUUGAUCACCCGAAUCCGUUUGUUUCCGAGGAAGAGGAAGGAGAAGUUGCCAGCGUAGCCUAUCGGUACAGGAAGUGGGAUCUUGGCGGUGGGAUUGUUUUGGUAGCUCGUUGUGAACACGACGCGGUCGUCCAGUCGCCCAACGGCGAAUUGCAAUUUCUCUCGAUUAAAGCAUUGAACGAGUGGGACUCGAAACUCGCGAACGGAGUGGAAUGGCGUCAAAAGUUGGACACACAAAGGGGCGCCGUGUUAGCAAACGAACUUCGCAACAACGCCUGCAAAUUAGCUAAAUGGACGGUUCAAGCAUUGUUAGCCGGAUCAGAUCAAAUCAAAUUUGGUUACGUUUCACGUGCUCACGUGCGCGACAACAGCAAACACGUAAUUCUUGGAACGCAGCAGUAUAAACCGCAUGAAUUUGCGACUCAGAUCAAUUUGAAUAUGGACAACGCAUGGGGCAUUUUAAGAUGCAUCAUCGAUAUCGUUAUGAAACAGAAGGAUGGCAAAUAUUUAAUCAUGAAGGAUCCGAACAAACCGAUGAUCAGGUUGUACGAUAUUCCCGAUAAUACCUUCGAAUCGGACGGUGAAGAGGAGUCUGAGGACGACGUGCCGGCCGAUUCUGCUGCCUUCCAAACCUUGUAUCCGUAUGCAACUAGUAAACGUUAGUUUUAUACGUACAUUAUAUAUAAUCCGUAUUUUCUUCAGAAAUAUAACUCAAUUUUCUUCAAA